CACCUGUUGAUGUGAUUGCUCAGGUCAGCAGACAGCUGUGCAGUCACAGUUUGUUGCUGAUGUGGAAAGAGAAUGUGGAAAAUGCCUGCCUCUGCAUUUAAAACAUCAACAUAUUGGAUUAAACUGACCGUGAGCCUGGUCAGCAAAGAUGAAUCCUUCCGUGUGACAAGCCUUUUUUAGUCUGAGUGUGUACAUAUAUAAAACAUGUUGAGGGCUAUGAGCAGCAGUAGUGGAUCAUGUGAAGCCUCGAUGCUGGUCAGAAAGAAAAAAGCAAACCAUGUCGCCAUGCAGAAGGUGAUGCCAUGUCAGAGGACCUCACUGUAGAAGCUUUUUUAUUUGGGUUCUUGGUCUUUUCUGGCAUUCUGGGAAACAUCUUGGUCAUUCAUGUGGUGCUUCAGUCAGCCGUUGACAGUCCAUCUCGGAGACUCCCUCCCUCUGACACCAUUUUGGUGCACCUCUCACUGGCCAACCUGCUGACCUCACUUUUCCGCACUGUGCCCAUCUUUGUCUCAGACCUUGGCCUGGAUGUGUCCCUGUCUCCGGGCUGGUGCAGAGUUUUCAUGCUGCUAUGGGUGUGGUGGCGAGCUGUGGGCUGUUGGGUGACUCUGGCACUUAGCGUCUUCCAUUGCACCACCCUGAGGCGACAGCAGGUGGCCUUUGGACCUCUGGCACUGCAAAGGGAGAGGCGUCGGGUAUGGAUUGUUCUGGCGCUGGUGUGGGGGGCAAACUUGGCCUUUUCAGUUCCAGCUCUGGUAUACAGCACUCAUGUUCAUGGAAACGCCACUGUGGAGCUGAUGGUGAUCAGCUGCACCACCAGGCCUUUGCUGGGCUGCGUCUGGGAGUUUCCCACCAUCCAGCAGGGCUCAGCAUUUGCCUCCACCUCACUGGCUUUCAAUGAAGUGCUGCCACUGGUGCUGAUGGUUUGCACCAACUUAGCCACCCUUCAUGCUCUGGCAAAACAUAUCCGAGCUGUGACCUCAGCUGGAGAUGCAGGGGGGGGAACUCAUGGCGAGCUGGACAAGCAUGUGGCCACUGAACGUAAAGCAGCUCAAGUCAUCAUGUCUCUAGUGUCGCUCUUCGUGAUCUGCUGGGUGCUGCAGGUUGCUGCGGUCACGUACUACAACCAUGAUGGGGGACACCAUGCUGAAGGGCUGCUGACUGUGGCACACUUCUCUGCAUCGCUGUUUGUAGGAUUCAGUCCCAUGGUGGUGGCCCUGGGACACAGCAAGCUGAGGAGGAGAAUCAUGAGUAUGAUACUGGGCUGGUCAAAAGUUUUCAAAUGUCACAGUGCGGACACUGAGAAGAAGAGUGAAUCCCAAAAGACUAAAGGAAAUCAAAGCAUUUUUGUUGUUCAAAAGGAGAAGAAGGUGUUGAAAGUGGAGGAAAAGGUGAAAGCUUUAAAGUGACGGAAGCCAAACAUGAGUGCAUUUAUACUACACUUCCAAAUAAAUACUAAUAUUAAUA